AUGGAUUUUAGUAGAUUAGAUAUUGAUAGUGAUGAAGAAGAGAGAAAUUCUGGUGGGAAAACAAUAAAUAAAUGGACGGAUAUUGAGGUUUACCCAAGAGAGAUUUUAAAAGAAAAACCACCACUUGUUACUAACGAAAAAAUACAAAAUAAAUCGUCUAACCAACAAAAAACGCCUUUAAAAAAUAAAUGGAGACCACCAAGUUGGCUUAGAUUAUUACCGCCUUUUGAUGGAACAAUUAGAACAGAGAGGAUUUCUUGUGGUAAAAUAACUGCAGAAAGGCAACUUCUUCAAUUGAAUUUGGAUAGAGGCCAUCAACGAACAUUUUUGGAUAUUGCUGCUAGAAAUAGAGAAUCUUUAAAAAGGCCAAAAAAGAAAGAAAAAGGGGAAGAAAUAAUUAAAGUUAAAACAAAUAAAGAAAUAAAAGAAGAACAUUCUAAACAAAAUUUUCCAGAACAAUCCUCAAUUUAUGAUAGUGGAAUUGCUCUAGAUCAAACAGCAAAUACAUCAAGAUACAAUCAAGAUUUUUUGUUAUAUUCCGUUGAAUUGUGUGAAGAAGAAAUUAAAUUAAUGAGACAAAUGGCUAAACAGACAUGA